AUGAAAAAGACAAUUGAAAAUCUUCUUCAGAAGUACAAGUCAUUUGGGAUUGAGAAAAAAAGAACAGAAGGCGUGCCCAGGUAUUCAGAUAAGUACAAAAAGGAUACAGAUGGAACCAUUAAUAUUAUAGGAGCCAUAUACAGCAGAUCGCAGGAAUACCCAAAUGAAUUAGUGGAGAGUGGAUUUGGCCAUGGGAUAAAGUACAAAACAGCAGGUGCCUCAGAGGAGCACAUAUUUACAACAAACAUAGACAGUGAGGUAGAAGAAAGUGAAGAGAGUGAGAACAAAGAGCCAUCUGAGAAUGAUGAAAUGGACAACGAUUACAUGGAGAACUAUUAUGAUGACGAUGACCAAGAGACAGAUGAUAAUGAUGAAGAUGUUAUGUAG